AUGGUAUUUAUCCGUUCCCUUUCCCGUCAAUUACGACGCCCUACCGCUCAAUUUCUCUCUUCUGCCAAUAGCCCUCUGAAACCCGCCGUUGCUCCCAGCACUUUUGCUCGGGCUUCUCCGCUGGCUGGUUCUAUUUCGAAAACACGUCCGCUAACUGCUACUGCCAACCUUCAGGGCAAGGUUCUUCUGGUUCUCUACGAUGGUGGUGAGCACUCCAAGCAGCAGCCCGCUCUGCUGGGUACUACCGAAAACGAGCUUGGUAUUCGAAAGUGGCUCGAGGACCAGGGCCACACCCUGGUGACGACCUCUGACAAGGAGGGUGAGAACUCGACCUUUGACAAGGAGCUUGUCGAUGCUGAAGUCAUCAUCACUACUCCCUUUCACCCCGGCUACCUGAGCGCGGAGCGUCUCGCCAAGGCGAAGAACCUGAAGCUUGCCGUGACUGCCGGUAUUGGCUCGGACCACGUUGACCUGAACGCCGCCAACAAGACCAACGGCGGUAUCACCGUUGCCGAAGUCACGGGCAGCAAUGUCGUGUCGGUUGCCGAGCACGUGGUGAUGACCAUCCUGACUCUGGUCCGAAACUUCGUCCCUGCCCAUGAGAUGAUCAAGCGCGGCGACUGGGACGUUGCUGAGGUUGCCAAAAAUGAAUUUGAUCUGGAGGGCAAGGUUGUCGGUACCGUUGCCGUGGGCCGCAUUGGCGAGCGUGUGCUCCGUCGUCUCAAGCCCUUCGACUGCAAGGAGCUGCUCUACUACGACUACCAGCCCCUCAAGCCUGAGGUCGAGCAGGAGAUUGGCUGCCGUCGCGUGGAGAGCCUCGAGGAGAUGCUCGCGCAGUGUGACGUUGUCACUAUCAACUGCCCACUGCACGAGAAGACUCGCGGCCUGUUCAACAAGGAGCUGAUCUCCAAGAUGAAGAAGGGCUCAUGGCUCGUGAACACCGCCCGUGGUGCUAUCGUCGUCAAGGAAGAUGUCGCCGAGGCCCUCAAGUCUGGCCACCUCCGCGGCUACGGUGGUGACGUCUGGUUCCCCCAGCCCGCUCCCAAGGACCACCCGCUGCGCUACGCCGAGCACCCCUGGGGCGGCGGCAACGCCAUGGUCCCCCACAUGUCCGGCACCUCGAUCGACGCCCAGGUCCGCUAUGCCCAGGGCACCAAGAACAUUCUGGACAGCUACUUUUCCGGCCGCGAGGACUACCGCCCCGAGGACCUGAUUGUCCACAAGGGUGACUACGUCACCAAGGCCUAUGGUCAGCGCAAGUAA